UUUGAUGAUAUUCCGUUUCCAACCAAACGCGCAUGUCGGUUUCCACUCCAUCGUCUCUGGAAAGUGGAAACUGAACAUUCUCUAUAAAGAAGAUAUAUCAUCAGUAAUGGUGUUAGUCUCUCAUUCCUUCAUCAGAGAAUUAAGAGUGCUCUGAUCUUGAGGCAAGCUAAAUUAGGGAAAGAUCUUUUGCAGACUUGAACUUGGAUCAGAAAAAUGGAUACAGUGGUAAAUGGCAACUCAGCAACAUCUCCACAAGCACAUGUGGUUCAUAUUGCUUCUGCUCAAAUUGAUAGCCCUUCACGUGACCUAAUACAAGAUCCAAGGAAAUACUUUGACCAAUGUGUACCUCUUUAUAAGCUAGCACUGAGAGGUGAUUGGAAUGCAGCCAAAACUAUGAUAAAUGAAGACAGUUUGUUGCUCAAUGCUGCUAUAACAAGGGAUCGGGGGACACUACUUCAUGUUGUAGCAGGAACAAAACAUGUUCACUUUGUCAAUGAACUGGUUAAAAUGCUUAGAGAACAGGACCUGGAACUGCAAAACUCCAAUGGAAACACAGCACUAUGUUUUGCUGCUGCAUCUGGAAAUUUGCAAAUUGCUACCAUGAUGAUCAAGAAAAGGGAAUCCCUACCAAAAAUCAGGGGUGGAAGUGGAAUGACACCUCUUUACAUGGCUGCCUUAAAUGGAAGAAGUGACAUGGCAAGGUACCUUUAUCCCAAGACUAGUGACAUAUUAGAAGAAGAGGAGCAGAAUGCAUUGUUCUUCCUCACUAUCAAGCAUGAUAUGUAUGAUUUAUGUUUGCAGAUGCUACAAAAACAGCCAAUGCUGGCAUUUAUCCGGGAUGAGAACAAUCAAACAGGUUUGCAUGUCUUGGCUCGAAAGCGCUUUAGCUAUAGAGGCCAAUGGUGUAUUCAAAACCAGGUCAUGAACUCUAGUACACAGUCAACUCUGUUCCUCCAACUUGUUGGGUGUCUUUGGGGGGUGAUUCUCAAUCAUGAUUGCAUAGAAACAAAGAGGACAAUCAUGAAUCAACCAUCACAGUUAAUAUUUGAUGCUACAGAAACUGGAAAUUUUGAGUUUGUGGUUGAGCUUAUGAGGUCUGACCCUGAUUUAAUUUGGGAAGUGGAUUGCAAAAACCGAACCAUAUUUCACAUUGCUGUUCUGCAUCGCCAUUCAAGCAUCUUCAGUCUGAUUCAUGAACUAGGCUCCUUCACCGAGUUGAUUGCACCUCAUCCGGAUGAAGAAGAAAACAACAUAUUGCAUUCUGCUGCAAAGUUAGCACCUUCCAAUCAGCUUAACUUAAUUUCUGGAGCAGCUCUUCAAAUGACACAUGAAUUACUAUGGUUUGAGGAGGUGAAGAAGUUAAUGCUGCCAUCAUAUAUACAGCAGAAAAAUUCUAAUCACAAGACUCCUGAUGAAUUGUUUGUUGAGGAGCAUAAAGAUUUAUUGACAAAAGCAGAGUCAUGGACAAAGAACACAGCUAUCAAUUGCAUGCUCAUUUCAACACUCAUAUCCACAGGAGUGCUUACUGCUACAUUUAACAUACCAGGUGGCAAAAAUAAAAGCACAGGAGCUCCUAACUUCUUGCAAAAACCAACAUUCCUGUUAUUUGCACUAUCAAAUGCAACUGCAUUGAUAUCAUCUUCAGCCUCCAUACUAAUUUUCUUGUCUGUGCUCAUCUCAAGUUAUGCAGAGGAUGACCAUUUCAAGUCACUGCCCUUCAAGUUAUUGUUUGGACUGAUAGCACAAAUCAUCUCCAUCUCAAGCAUGAUGAUAGCGUUUAGUGUUGCGUUUUUCAUAACAUAUUACCAUGGUUUAAUAUGGGUUCCACCUUUUAUUUCUGUCCUUGCGUUUCUGCCAAUACCCUUAUUCACAUUUCUUCUACUUCCACUUUGGUCAGAUAUCUUCCACUCUUCUUACUUUUGUGUGUAUCUAUUUCGGCCAAGAAAACAUUUACUUAGCUAGAAAAGCAGAGGCCUUGUAAAUUAUAGAUCUAUGUAGUCUACUGUGUGUAGUUGUAAGAUGAUUAAUAUUAUGUAUGAAUAUUUGUUGGCCCAGUAUAAACAGAAAUUAACACUCAUUAUAUAAUAAAAAUUGAAUUAAACUC